UUUGUGCUCGGCUUCUUUGAAAGGGGUUUUUUGAACAAAAAAGAAGAAGAAAGAGAAAUUAAAGCGAUACAAAGGGAAAUGAAUGAAUUGCAUAGCGUUGCGGGGGGAGGGAAACCUUGCCAGUCUUUUUUUUUCAAACUUUCUGUUUCUUGGUUUUUUGUUUCCCCCUCCCCCUCACCCCGUCUCCCACUCUUGUUUUGAGUUUUUUUGCUCUGCCUGUUUUUCUUUUCAUCUUUUCUGUCCUUCCUUUUUUUUUACCACCUGCCUCUUCUCCAUCUCUGUUUCGCGCACUCGUAUACCUUUUUCAGUUUUUGUUUGCCAUUCGUUGCGCUUUUUUUUGAUGAAGGACUUGUCCUACGACUCUAGGUUAUUUUCCUUUUGUGUAAAUACAUCCACUUCUUUUUAUUUUCUGCUUCUUGUUGUUUGGAUGGACCCUUGGAUUUUGUCAUGGGAUCCAUGAGGUUGGCCAGUUUGUAAAGGAUGGGUUGAUAUGGGAAUGUCGUAUAUGGCGAUGAAAGAGGGGGAACACGGUGAGAAUGCGAUAUGAGUGGUGGUUAGUCGUAUAUAUACAUAUAUACAUAUAUACAUAUAUUGGAUUUUAGUAGCUACGGAAAUACCAGAGUCUGUCAUUUGAA